UGCUUCAACAACAUAACCCAUAAUGCACUGCGGUUUCAAACCCCACGGAGAUUUUGUCGGCGAUUCCACUCUGUCCACUGUGAUAGUUUAACAAACAAAUAAUAAUAUGGACGUUAAGUCCAUGGAGUGGAGCGAAGUUUCGUACAGCAUUGUAGAUUUGCUUGCCAAGCACUCUCUCCCGUGUGUAGUCAAAGUCAGCGAGGGAUACUAUGAUACGAGCAACGAGACGACGAUUUCGACGGAUGAGGUCUUAGUCUUGCACCGUACAAACACAGCGCGGUAUUUCGUCGCUACUACCGAGCAUUGCAGCGAUUUACUCAUACCGACACACCUAGAGACAAAUGUGCAGAUAGAGGAACGCAUCGUGCCGAAAGUCUUCAAUAGCGUGAAGAGGAUAGCCGAGAUAAAGCCAGACUUUAUAGUCGCGAAGCACGAUCAGCCAUGGCUGAAGGUGCAAAAAGAUGAAGUACUGAGAGUCCGGGAAACUGUGAAGGAUAGAGCCGGAGAGCAUUUACGGUGCACUUUACGGAAUGAUGAGAGUAGGGAGGUAAAUAUCCCGUUGUCAUAUCAAGCGGAUUUUGAAUCUUAUGAGGAAGCGAGGAUAAUGAUGCUUUCAGAGCUCGAAUCGAGGACCUCUUUUCCGCUAAAGGUGAAAUUUAUUGACGAGACAAUAAAGAUCAAUCUGGAUGGCAUAAUCGAGGGAAAAAAAGAGUUCAAAUUGGCCGAUUUAGGGAGGGUGACACUUAAAGAAAUUAUCAGUAAGACUUCAGUACUGGUUAGUGAUAUCAAGGGUAGUCGCGAAUCGGUGAUGAGAAUCCCAAUGGAAAUCAGUAUCACACUAGAGGUGGGUAAGACAGGCGUGACCACACGGUACCUUGACGGGCUGUUGCGUGACGUAAAAGAUUGGGUUGACAAUGACAAUAUAAGAAUUAACAAUGAGGACGCGACAGUGGAAAAGAUCUACGAGGAUUUGGAAUCGGGAGAUGAGGAGCACGAAUACUUUGAAGUAGCGCCAGCGAGACCACCUCGCAAUACGCAACAAACUGCACGCAAUUCAGAGGAGAGUGAGGAGGAAAGCGAGAAUGAUUAUGAAGAAUACGAUGCCGAAGAUGAGGUUUUCGAUUCACAAUCACAGUCACUCCCGAUGGCUCCAACGGUACGCCCGACGGCACCACAACGAGGAAAGUCGGAGUCCAAUUUAUCUGUCAAGUCAAAACUCGAAGCUCAUGGAAUCAGCCUUCCGGGGCUUUCUUUCCUCAGGCGCAAGAAAGCUCCGCCAAUCCCCCCAAGACGUCCGAUUCGGGAGGCGGUCGGACAACACGAUCAGAAGCCACCUCCAUGUCCUCCGAAACCGCUAUCACUGUCUGAUACUUCGACACUUCGGCAUAAUUCCCAAACCUCGCCGACAUUUAUCCGACAUGACUCCGAAGCACCCCCGAUACCUGUCCGAAAAACAUCCGAAAUUCCUCAGACAAAAACACAUGGUCCGUCUCUUGUUAAAGAGCUUUCUGAGUCAUUCUCUUCCGUUUUUUGCAAGCACACGCCGCCUCCAGAGAGAACAACAGACACAAAAACAUUCGGGGGAACACCUUCAGACGAGAAACAAAGGGAGUCACCUGCCACACGUGUUUCCGAAAUGUCUCCGAAACCUGCUCGACCACCUUCCGACUACACUACGACAACUCCCCGUUAUGUCUUUGAAACCAAGGUGAGAGAGGAUAAAGAGACUGUAGAGGAUAAACCAGCUUCGAAUAUCACCCAAGCGCCACCGGAUGCCAUUCAAGCGAGGCAGCUCAGUUUACCGGACAAACUUCAAAAUCUGAGCGUACCAGAAGUGGCUGAGUGUCUAGAGGCGCUUAACAUGCCGCAGUAUUCGAGCAAUUUUCUUGAUCAGCAGAUUGACGGGAGGGUGUUGGUGGAAUUGACUGAGGAUAUGUUGAAGGAUUCUUUAGGUAUGACGGAUAAAUUACAUCGCAUGAAAUUGAUCAAGUUCAUAAACGGAUGGAGACCCAUCUAUGACAGCUUUAGAUAAGGAAAGUAGUAGUUGAAGAACAGCAGACUCAUGAUAACAACCUAUUGAUAAUAAUGUAAUAGUGCAGAAAUUUUCUUAUAAUUCACUGGGUAUUAUAAUAGCGGAGCGGCGGCCGCUCGCGGAGCUCCAUAGGUAUAGAAAUUGGUAAAACUAAUUGUGGUCAUGACACACAUUUUUGUGCCCGCUGACUGUACCACUCACGUGACCAGCACAAGCGACCAGGCCAGCUAAUUAAUUGAUCGCUCUAAACCAAUGACAGAUCGUAAAAUUGCUGUUUACCAUACCCAUUUCGCGAGGGGGACUGCCACAAAAACAGAAAAGGAUGAUCGUCAGCAAAAUUAAGGGAUAACACCUUGAGUGUGGUCAACAGUAUUUCUUAAAAGCAUUGUCUGGGGUUUUAACUGGGAGGUUUCACAGUUUAAAAAUGAUAACUGUGCUGCUAGACUGAAGUAGGAGAGGAAUGGUGAAUUUAAAUAUUUGUUUUCAGAAAGAUUUGUAGUUGCAUCUUCCAAGAACUUAGUACUUGAACUUCAGUAAAAGUGUUAAAAAAUGGCUGAAAAUUUUCAUCAUUUCAUAUUUUUGUCUUUUGAUCUUCAAAGCUGUAAAAAGAAACUGGAGUAAUACAUGGCCAAGCACAUUUAUGUAAGGCCUUAUAAUUCAAUUUUAGAAAUGUACAAUAGUGAAAAUCUGAACAGUAUCAGUUGUCUAUCAAAUGAAGCUACACACUUAGAGCUCAUAACCUCUUGUGGUAUUAGUAAAUAAUGUACUGGGGCACUAUCAAUAAAUAAUUUUAAUAUCACCAA